UGUAUAUUUUUCAACAGAGAAGAUGCUGAAAAGUAUGUCAAUGCUUGCUACAAAAGGACUACCUACAUUGAUUGCUAUGAACCCAUUAUAGAACCCAUCAAUGGCCAGAAUAUGUGGGGACUUAGUGGACUGCCACCUGUGCAACCCCCUAUCAAGAGGAGACCUUCUGGCAGGCCUAAGAAGAAGAGGGCACUGGAGCCUGAUGAACCUAGAAGUCACAGAAAAAAUAGAGGCCUAGGCAUCUCAAAACAAUGCAAGUUAUGUGGGAAAUUAGGACACAACAAGAGGAGCUGCAAGGGAGAAGUAGGAGGGAACUCCUCCUUGCCUGGGAGUGCAUCCCAAGCCAGUAGGACCACUAGGAGGGCAGCCAAGGAUGCUCAGCCAACAGUACAUAGGGCACAACCAAGCUUUAAUGAUGAUGUGACCACAAGUGCACCUCCACCCCCCACUGAUAACCAGUCCAAUCCAAGACCAAAAAGACAAAGGAAGAGAAGUGCAGUCACUACUGAGACCUUAAAUGUAACUAGGAAUGCAGCAAGAUAUAUGACAGCAAUGAGAUCUGCUAAAAGAUAG